AUGGAUAUAUCGUUCAGGAUAUGUCAGAGUGGCCUGGCAGGCAGGCAGGCAGGCAGGCAGGCAGGCAGGCAAGAUAGGUGGACGUGGAUGGGUUCGGCCACGGGUGGUUGCUGGCCGAGCUUGAUCAGCUGCUGUCUGAUAGCGGCGGUGAGAUCGGCAGAGGAGGAGGAGUACGACUACGAGGAGGAGCCGGCGGCUCCGGUGACCCCUGCGCCGGCUAGGCCCACUUCCGGCCGGCUCGGAGGGCUCCUGUCAUCGCGAGGGCGGAUAAACGUCGGAAGGAAAGCAGCCGCCACGGCAGCCGCGCAGUCCACCACCGCCAAAGCGGUCGAACAGCCGGCCGAGGCCGAGGAAGAAGGCGAGGAGGAACUGGACGAUAGUCAAGAUCAGCAGGAGGAAAUUCCAACCACCACGACCGAAUCGUCGAAGAAAGUUCGCGGCGGUGUCAGACCUUUCAGAGCGACGACGCACAGUCGCGGCAAGAACACGGCGAACGGCGCGAACGUCGAGGCAAAGUCGCCCGGACGCGGCAGGUUCGGCGGUUCCAAGGGAAGCAAGCCUUUGCAAGAGGAGGUGGAGGAGACCCAACGGGAGGAGGUGCAAGUGAAACCGAAACCCUAUCGCAGAGGAUAAACGAGACGAGAGGACAAACGCGCCAACUUCCAGCUUUGUUCGAUCCAACAAAUCGAAAAGAAACGAGUCCAGCGACCGGCGAAGCGACCAUCUCCUCCACGCGAAUUUUUCCCUU